AUGGCGGGAAAGGAGAAACCGAAUGUGGUCCAUCAAAAUGCAAUCCACGUUGAGACAGUCCGCAAAGAGCAAAGACACCAGAAACUCCACACGGAGUUUGGCAUCAAUCCACACCGGAAAUUGCAUGUCCCAGCAGACAACCCCAUGUCUAGGAAACCAACUGAAGCGAUUGCAGAGAACUUGGCCUUCAUCGAGGCCUUCCACAAGGCCCAACUGGAACCCAACAAGAAAUAUUCAAUGCCACAGACGGCGAGUCACGAGAUGGGAUGGCUGUCAACUCCACUGGUGAGGAAAACUCUGCUCUGA